AUGGUUAGCUUGGAAACUACUCCUGCUCUUCAGCUCCCGGUCAUCGACUUCACAAGUCCAAACCUACAACCAGGAACUGUAGAAUGGGACUCAGUGAGAGGCGAUGUCCGAAGAGCUCUAGAAGAGUAUGGAUGUUUUGAGGCCUUGUUCGAUAAAGUCCCUGUCGAACUUCGAAAGGCCGUUUUUGAUGUUUCUGAGGAGGCUUUCCAGCUACCUUUAGAGACCAAAAAGAAAGUUGUGUCAAGGAGAAAAUACAGAGGUUAUGCUGGUCAGAUUCCAACUUUACCUCUUUUUGAAGUAUUGGGUGUUGACUUUGCAGAAAAUGAAGCUAAAGUCAAUGAAUUUACUCAUAAGCUUUGGCCCCAAGGCAAUGCAAGUUUCAGCGAGGCAGUCAUGUCGUUUGCGGAGAAAGUGUCAGAACUGGACUUGAUGACCAGGAGAAUGAUAAUGGAGAGUUUUGGGGUCAAUGAAAACUACAUAGAGCAACAUUUGAAGUCCACGAAAAGUCUUGUGAGAAUGAUGAAAUACCAAGGAGUUGAAGAAACAGAAGAAGAGGAGUUAGGUAUGGAGGCUCAUACAGACAGAAACAUGCUCACUAUACUCUGUCAGAACGAUGUAAAAGAUGGACUAGAAGUGAGAACUAGUGAUGAUAAGCAAUGGAUCAAAGCCAAUCCUUCCCAAGAUUCUUCAUUCAUCGUUCUUGGAGGAGCUACACUACACGCUUUGCUAAAUGGUCGAGUCCACUCUCCUUAUCACCGUGUCAUGAUGACCGGAACAGAGACUAGAUACUCGCUCGGGCUGUUCUCGAUUCCUAAAGCAGGACAUAUCGUGAGUUCACCGGAUGAGCUCGUGGACGAAGAGCAUCCUCGACUGUUUAAGCCCUUUGAUCAUGUCGAGUUUCUCCAGUUCUAUUACACAGAAGCUGGACAGAGAUCUCAAUCUGCUCUCAAAACUUACUGUGGAAUGCAAAAAUAA